AUUCUGUUCGUAAUUUUCACAACAGGAAAUUUCUCGUUAGACAUGUCUGGACGUGGUAAGACCGGAGGAAAGGCCAGAGCAAAGGCCAAGACUCGCUCCUCUCGUGCCGGACUCCAGUUCCCCGUUGGCCGUGUCCACAGGCUGCUGAGGAAGGGCAACUACGCCGAGCGUGUCGGUGCCGGAGCUCCCGUCUACCUGGCGGCGGUGCUCGAGUACCUGACCGCUGAGAUCCUGGAGCUGGCGGGAAACGCCGCCCGUGACAACAAGAAGACCCGCAUCAUCCCCCGCCACCUGCAGCUGGCUGUCCGCAACGACGAGGAGCUCAACAAGCUGCUCGGCGGAGUCACCAUCGCUCAGGGAGGCGUGCUGCCCAACAUCCAGGCGGUGCUGCUGCCCAAGAAGACCGAGAAGCCCGCCAAGGCCAAGUAAACUCAGCCCGCUCCAACUGAACAAACGGCUCUUUUAAGAGCCACACACUUGCACUUUAAGAGCUCAUUCCUUUUUAUAUGCUACAUAAUCAUUUCCAUAUACAACUAUUAAUAACAUACUAUCAGUUAUUAUUGUAGUUUCUCAUAAACACAUGUUGCACAUCUAUAACAACCACACAUUGGCUUAACAUGUUGCUCCUAAACUGACCACAAAUACCUGUCUUUUACUUUACAUCACACUUUCUGUGUUGUAGUUGAGUUAGUUUAUACCACACAGAUCUGUAUGAACAAGUGCAGCCAUUCAAUGACCUGAAUGUUGAAGGUUUGUGGUCUGAUCCAAGCAGCUGAAAAAUGAAACCAAAAGCUGCAGUUCCUCUAACGACCACUAGAGUCUGGCUCCAAGUGAGUCAGUCCCAUAGACUUCCAUGUGAAAAUGUCCAACUUUGCAGCAGAUAUAAACAUGUUUACAGCCUGGUACAAAAACAGUUUUGGUCUUUAGAGCUAAAUUCUUCCUUCAUGACACCUGUUUAAAGAACUCACCUGUUUACAUCCAUUGUUAUUUACAGUCUAUGGGUCUCACAGACUGCCUGUAAUUUAUGCUCAAAUAUGGGAGUAUAUGAAACUUUCAUAUACUUUACUGUAUUUUAUAGACCACAGUAAAAACUGCAGUCAGCACAUUGGCACCACCCUCUAAAGUCCAAAAUAAAUGGGUUUUGUUGUUGAGGUCAAACCUCUGAGGUCUAACUGGUCUCAAACAUUAACAUCAUUAAGUUGGAUGACAUGUUCAUUUAUUUGUCAGUGAAUAAAAAAGGUUUGUUAACAUGUUUAUAACUCAAAUAACACAAACAAGAAAUAUAUAAUGUUUAAUGACGUUCCAUGAAAGUGCUAAAGCAGAUGAGCUGAAUGAAUACAUUUGAACAAGGAUGUGGCCGCACUUAGUUUCACAGAGGAUUUCCAAGGCUUCAGAAGUUUAUAUGUUUGUAGAUCCACUGGUCCUUCACUUCCUCUCAGCUCCAUAAUCCCACGGCCUAAUAAACCACUGAGGUAUUGGCUGAGUUUUUUCUUUAGUGACUGUACUUGUUGUAUGAUGCAGCGCACAUUUGUCAAUAAUUCCAGGUUGUAUUAAAAUUCAAUCAGGCUUGAAAUUAAAUGUGUUUGGAUACAUCAGAGCAGGAGAGAAACCUCCUUGUUAUGUCCUUUACAAUAAUCUAAACAACAUUUCCAAAUGUGUUCAGAUGAUAACUCUUUCCCUUUUGGACACUAAAUUAUAUGUGACACUGAAUCAUUUUGGACACUUCAUUAUGUCACAUAAAGAACAAUCAAACUGAAAAAUUAUUCAAACAGGCUCAUCCAUUCAAUUAUUCUAUAAACUUGAAUGAAUAUAUAUUUCACAUCCACAAAUCCAAAUGAAAUAAACCUGCUCCAAACCCUGCAAAGGUCAUAACAGGUGGAAACAAUAUUAAAUUAAAAACGCCAAUAUUUUGGUAAAUUUGAGUAGUUGAUAAUUAGAGUCUAUGUUGGCGGCCAAUUUAAUAUUUCAGAGGUCAGCAGGAUUGCCAGGGUCAAUGUUUAACUUUUAUUUUGAAUGAAUUUUAGCCGGAAGUUCAGAGGCUCACGGGCUCUAGCUUGAAAGAGGAAAAGCAAAAGGGCGGACUGAGGCGGAGCUGUCUGUCUUCCUUUACGUCCGCAUUCACAAUUUAAAUACGGACGUUCCUGACUCGACAUUUAUCAGUUUCUCUUCGGAUCAACCUGA